AUGAUAUUUCCUCUAGUAUUGUUCUUUAUUGGUUUCGCUGCUGCCGGGAAUUAUGGAUACUCGUCCAGCGGUAAUGGAGGAGGAAGACCAAGACCUGGAAACGGUGGUGGUGGAGGAGGAGUCCGCCCUUCAAACAGUGGCUGCGACGCUGGGUGGCGUCGCUUCAACCGUCCAUCUGGCGGAUGGUGUGUCAAAGUAUUCGGCGCACGCAUGAACCAAGCAGAUGCUCAGAUCCAAUGCCAAUCUCAUGGGGCCACACUUUCGGGCCUGCAAAACUCGGAGGAGGCUCAACAAAUCUCCAACCUCGCUUUAUCAGUGAUCAGUGCUAACUCCGGAUCAGUGUGGAUUGGUACAAGAAGAACAGCGGCUUGCAUGAAACAAUGGCUCAACACGAACGGAUGUACUAGAACCAACGCAUUCUAUUGGACUGAUGGGUCAGCGACAGGUAUUGCAGGAUUCGUUUGGGACACUUUGCAGCCGGACAACGAGAAGCUUAGUCAGUCUUGCGCAGUCUUGCUGGCUUCGAGAUCUACUGUCACUUGGGGUGGGAAGUUCUGGCAACCGGCAAAGAUGGACGAUAACAACUGCCUGUUCGACUUGGAGGGAAAACAUCCGAGAUCAGUGUACGGCUAUGUUUGUGGAAAACGAAGUAGAUAA